AUGAUUUCUCCGGUUUUUCACAAGUGGAUGAGGAAUAUUUCUCCUGAGAUGCUGCCGCUGCUGCUGCUGCUGCUGCUGCCCAUAUUGUGGUUGUUACCUCUGGCUGGAGCGGCUCCUUCUCAGACCACCGAGCAGCUGGACAUGGGGGUGGACUGGCUGAGUAAGUUUGGCUACCUCCCGCCCCCCGACCCAGUGACUGGCCAGCUCCAGACCAAGGAGGCCCUCACCAAGGCCAUCAAAGCCAUGCAGAAGUUCGGAGGGCUGAAGGAGACCGGGAUUUUAGACCAAGCCACCCUGGGCCUCAUGAAAACACCCAGAUGUUCCCUGCCAGAUGUGUCCGAGGCCGAGGGGACGAUGGGGCGCCGGAGACGGAGCCUGACUCCUCAGAACAAAUGGAACAAAAGACAUCUGUCCUGGAGAGUGAGGACCUUCCCCAAGGACUCGGCCUUGCUGGGCAGGGACACCGUUCGGGCCCUGAUGCACUACGCUUUGAAGGUCUGGAGCGACAUCGCGCCGCUCAACUUCCACGAGGUGGCCGGCAGCGACGCCGACAUCCAGAUCGACUUCACCAAGGCCGACCACAACGACGGAUAUCCGUUCGACGGGCCGGGGGGCACCGUGGCGCACGCCUUUUUCCCCGGAGAGAGGUUCACGGCUGGAGACACGCACUUCGACGACGACGAGGCCUGGACCUUCAGAUCACCAGACUCUCACGGGAUGGAUCUGUUCGCGGUCGCGGUCCACGAGUUCGGCCACGCCAUCGGCCUGGUCCACACCUCGGCCAUCGAGUCCAUCAUGAGGCCGUACUACCAGGGUCCCGUGGGAGACCCUCUGAAGUACGAUCUGCCCUACGAGGACAAAGUCAGAGUCUGGCAGCUGUACGGUGUCAGAGACUCAGUGUCCCACACAAAUCAGCCGGUGAACCCUUCUCAGACGGCCGAGCCGCCCGUUCUGCUGGACCUUCCUGAAAAUAGAUCCACGGUCCUGCUGGCACGAGAUGCCCCAGACAGAUGCACCAGUCACUUUGAUGCAGUGGCCCAGAUACGAGGGGAGGCCUUCUUUUUCAAAGGAAAGUACUUCUGGCGCCUAACGAGAGAGAAGCACCUGGUUUCCCUGCGUCCCGCUCAGAUCCAUCGCUUCUGGAGAGGCCUCCCAAACAACCUGGACAGCGUGGACGCCGUGUACGAGCGGCCCGGGGACCACAAAAUAGUCUUUUUCAAAGGUCUGAAAUACUGGGUCUUCAAAGACAACAUCGUGGAGGAGGGCUAUCCUCGUCCCAUCAGCGACUUCGGCCUCCCGAUGGAAGGAGUGGACGCCGCCUUCGUUUGGCUGCACAACGACAAAACCUACUUCUUCAAGGACAACCACUACUGGCGCUACGACGACCACCAGCGGCGCAUGGACCUGGGCUACCCUAAAGACAGCACGCUGUGGAAGGGGCUGCCGCCACAGCUGGACGACGCCAUGAGGUGGUCGGACGGCUCGUCCUACUUCUUCAAGGGGAAGGAGUACUGGCGGGUGCCGGGCAGCGACAUGGAGGUGGAGGCCGGAUACCCCCGCCUCAUCGCCAAGGACUGGCUGCUGUGCACUGAGAUGCAGUCGGACUCUCCGGACGCGGAGCCCAAAAGCACGGAGACGAGAGUCAACGUGCACCGGCACCCGGACCACGCCGAGAACGGCUACGAGGUGUGCUCCUGCACCUCGGACACCGCCUCGCCUUCGGGGGUCCGCGUCUCGCCGUCGCCCCUCUGGCUGCUGCCUCCUCUCUGGACGCUGUCGCUGGUCCUCCGCUCUGAACUGCUAUGAUGCUAAAGCUCGGGUCAAGGCGCCACGCUGCUGGAGGGCCGGCGGACGAACCAACACCUGGAAAAUGUUGUUCUUAUUAUAUAAUUUCAUAUCCGUUUUUCUGUUGUUUUUUUCUGGCUCUAAUUUUGCUGUUAUUUAUUUUACGUGUCAUCUGUCGGCCGCCGCCAACAGAAGCAGUCAUUGUUACAACCCACUUAUAAUGCUUUACAAAGGUUUUUAUCGAACACGUCGUCUCUGCAAGGAAACUGAACAGCAUUGUAGUCUGAGAGCACCCAAAGUGAUUUGUUUGUCUUCGUGUGCAGCAGAAGCCUCACGUACGCUCCAGUUAAAUCCUCUCUGAAUGACGAACACGCAGCAGAAGGUUGCUUCACCAAAAUUGCCUCAAAAUUACAUCAAAAUUAGCCAAACCCAUGUUUUCACGCUCACCUCAACGCGAUGCCUGGUUAGAUGUUUACCACCGCCGUGCACUGGAGAUGAAUGGAAUCCAUUCUGCGCUUAUUUUAUUUGAACACCGCGUGUCUUUGCGAAAAUGAUUUAUGUGCGGAUAACCCACACAACAUUUUUUUAUUUUUUAAAGUAGUUGCUUCCCGCUAUGAAAAUAGUUUGCAACAAGGUCUGUAAAUUAUCCCGAGUAGCAGGGAUGCUGUUUGUGAAAAGACGCAUUGCUGUUGGAUUUAAAGUUAAUUAAAAGUCAUUUUUUCUGCGCGGUGUGCACAACCGCCGCCGCUUUCCAUUCAUCUCCAUUGUACCCGGUGUCUCAGAAAGCGGGGAAAUAAAACCGAAGUGGGAUAGCAACAGAGGUACGGUUUUAUUUUUUUAUUUGAGGAACUGACCUUUUAUUAAUCCCUACAAUCCACACACACACUUAUCCAUCCCUGCGCUGGUAAAGUGCUUGUGAUGAGCAUGAAUGUCUGAAUGCUUCUGGCAGACAGAUGCAUGGACGAGUAGGCGGCCGCACCGAUUUCCUCGCCUAAAUCUCUUUUCUGAAGCGAGGAACUGCUGCUCCUGUUCACCUCCUGAGUUGUUCGCAUUCCUCAGUGUCUCUGGCAUUAGGUUCCUGUUUAUUUCACAAUCGGGUCGUAGAGUUCAUAGAGUCUCCUCUACCUGUAUCGCCCCCCUUUAGCUCCGACGUCACAGCCCCUGGAUUUAUUCUUGCUGUAAAGAUAUAUUUACCUAUAGACUGAUAUAUUUGAGUUGAGCGGUUCUGCAGUUGUUGCAUCACCAAGUGGACUGUGUAUAUUUUAAUCUGUGUUUUCUAAUGUAAAAUAUUUUUGUAGAAAAAUUAAAGAAAAAAAAAGAAAACAUAA